GAGGUUCGAGGGUUUAAAACCCAACCAGGAGCCUCAGGUUCAGCAGCAGCAUCACCGGACAGCGAACAGGACGGGAAAAAAGGCCAGGAGAUCAAGUAGAGACUUCCAGUUCUGCUGACAUUCUGCAGCUUCUGUUGACUGCAACUAAGUUCUCCACUAAACUGUGACACAAUGAAAGUGGCCGUUGUUUUUGUUCUGCUCUUCGCCACUGUUCUCUGCCGGCCGGCGAGAAAAGUAGCUCAGAGUGAUUCAGACAGCUCUGAGGAAGUGGUGAGAAGACCGGCCAUCAGACGACAUCAGCUGGUCGUUUCCAAGUCACGACAGGAAGUAAUAAAGAACAUUUUAGCAGCAGCUAAGGCCGAAUCAGACGAGAGUGAAGAUACCUCAGAUGAAGCUGAGGAGCCACCGGCCAACGAGGCCCCAGUAGAGGUCAAGGCUGCUGUUGCACUUCCAACUGCAGAUACUGGAUCAGUCAACAGCGAGGACAGUGAAGACAGCGAUGACGAUGAUGAUGAAAAUGAAGAGGAGGAGAGUGAAACAGACGAGGAGGAAUCUGACUCCGACUCACAGUCGGGUGAGUCAUCCACCCCGGUGCCCGUCACCGUCACCCCCAUACCUGGCACCAUCGAGCCGGAAACCACUCCAGAAUACAUCGUCCCGACCAUCGUCACCGAUCCCGAUGCUGGCCGCGGUGACAGUUUGGGAUACCCUGAUGACUACAAGUCCAUCUACUAUGUGGAAGAGAAGUCCUACCACAAGGCUCCCAACCCCUACAAAUCUUAUGAGAUUGUUGGAAAGAAGGUGGCCUACGACAUGACUGGUGGCAACGAGGUGGAGAAAUCCCCCAAAGUUUACAAGGGACAGGCUUUUCAGAUCCACUCUGACCUCAUUGAAGAGGACACCAGCACCCCAGAGGUGGAGACCCAAGGCCUGGAUGCCUCCUCCGGAAUCUCUCAGGACCAGAACGUCAGUCCCCGGCAGGCCGCUCUCCCCGAAGAGGAGGAGAACGCCAGCAGCGGUUCCUCCACCACCAACGAGAGCGAAAGCAGCAGCACUCCAGAGGAGGAGGAGGAAGAGGAAGGAGCUAGCUCCCCAAGCGACAGUGCCAGCGCAGAGUCUGAGGAUGAAGAGAGCCAGAGCAGCGAGGAGGCCACCGCCACGCCUGGAGCUGCUGACACUGAUUCAGAUGAAGACGACAGCGUGGAGAGCGACUCGGAUGAAGAAGGGGCGGGACCCGACAACACCACUGAUGCGCCGGUAGUUGUCACCGCCAAAUAAGGCAUUGGGAAAGGCUGGUGGAUGGUGGUGUAAUCGUCACAUAAAGAGCUGCAUCCUGGAGUAAAGACCUCUCCCUCUCCUCUCAUGAGGCCACUAAAACUGCAGAGUCAAACAGGGAAAACCACAGCGUCAUUAUUAUUUCUAUCUUUAAUGUUCUCCAACAUUAUUUAUCCAAUUAUUUCUGACAAUCUGUACAUAAACCAACCUUACUGCUGUGUGUUUUUUUAGAACAAAGCAAUACCUCCUGCAUUCUGUGGUGUGUCGAGAAACGUCAUGCUUGGUCCCUGAGGGGAGAACAGAGGAUGUUCAAAAUGGCGACUGCUACCUGCUACAGGUUUCACCAACCUCAUGGUGUUAACCCCUGCAGUAACCCCAUUACUGCAGGGCUAAAAGUCAAAACUGCAACACAACAGACAAGGUUAAAUCCUCUUGUCUACACCAGCACACAGUGCAAUUAACAUUUGAUAACUGCUAUUUGCUAACUAUUGUUUUCAGAGCUUUGGUAAUAAAGGAUAAUGAAUCUUUU